AAGUAUAUACGGUAGCCAUAUAAGUAGGUAUGGGUGUUAGUGACACCGUAACGAAUACUGAGGGGGAUGGUUCAGACCAUGAUUCUGAGUUGAUAUCAAGUGGAAUUUCGUGUCAAAAAAUUCAUGAAAAUUUUUCUUUUCUUUUUAAUUAUUUUCCAAUCCAUACUUUUGCGACGGAAAUUUCUACAUGAUAUCAACUCAGAAUCACGGCCUGAAGCACCCCUCAAAGUUUUCGUUACGAUGUCACUAACACCCUGUAUUUAUAAUUCCGAAGAGAUUUAAGUGGCACGGGCCGUACCAAUAUAGUAAAGUGAUUUUAUUGUCUCAGAGAUAAGAACUUAUUAUUACUAUUUUAAGUAGAGAACACAUCUAAUUAAUUGUGUUUCAAAGCGGAAACAUAACAAAACAGUUAAGAGAAGUUGGUAGUACCUUUUAAGGAAUUUAAACCUUUGCAUUCUGGAGUAUCUGCUUGAACGUUUCGUUAAAAUAAAUUAUAAAUUGCCUUUGUAUUCCACGAUUUGAAGUAGAAUUUCUACGCCAUUCUCAAAUUACUGUCCUUUACUGUGUGAGUGUUUCUUCAAGUAGGGUUUGGAAUGGAGGGUAGGAGCGGGACCCUCGGCGGUUUAUUUCGCCGAGCUGGCUGCCGAGGCGUGCUUUUUAUGGAAGCUGUCAAAAACAGUGCUCCUCCCGCCAAUGCGCCCGCCUCCUGCAUCGAUCUGACACCCCAAACCUGCGCUACUGGGGCACAGACGCUCGCGAAAUUUACCAAAACGGAUUUAUGUAUUGAUUAGGAAAAAUAUAUAUUAAGAAUGAAUGUUGUAACAACCAACCCGAAUAUCAGUUCAAUUUACCUUACUUACUUAUCAUACGUACCCACUUAAUUAAACCGAGGACACGACCGCAAUUAGAAUUUUACCUAUCGCUUUUUAUAAUGACGAGCAAUUAAAGUUGAUUAUUGAAUAUUGGUGAGAAUGAUUAGUAGCUCCCCUCUCCGCAUAGGUUUGCUAAGCUCCGCCCUUCUUCCCUUAUCUCCAAAAGCACCACCCGUCGGCCGGGGGUUGACGUGGCUACCACGCGCGGCACUUUCGCCGUUCAAUACCCGACUCUACCACGGUGUCAUACAAGCCAUAUUCACAAUUAUACAAAUUCGCUAACCGUCAUGUGUGGAGGACAGUACGACCUCCCCUCUCAGUAUAAAAUUUGUUGACUCGAUGUCUACAACCUCAGUCUUCCAACCAUCGUGACCACUAAGGUCAUUGCGUCCUCAUCCACCGAAGUGUACCGAGAGUGGCCAUGUCAGGAACGAGAACACAAGUGGCAGACUCCUCUACAUCGCCGCCUUUGAGCGAGAACCGGCGGUUGGAGUACUGCGGCCUGAAGUUCGCAUACGGCGAGGGUUCUGACGACGAGAGCCCGUCUCUGGGGGGCGAGCUGCCAAGCUGCGUGUACGCAGCCGCACGCAGCCGCCUGCAGUUGCCGCUCGCCGCGUACGUGCACCAACACACUCGCCAGCUGCACACCGAAGCUCUGCUGGAGGCGUCAUCGGAGCCUGACUAUCAGUGCGGAGGAUCCCCGUACCGCGUGCAGAGGGCAGCAGCCAACGUGCGCGAGCGCCGACGGAUGCUGAGGUCCGGCCCCAAUGGCAGUAUAAACUCGGCGUUCGACGAGCUGCGUGUCCACGUGCCGACGUUUCCGUAUGAGAAACGACUCAGCAAGAUCGAUACUCUGCGGCUUGCGAUCGCGUACAUUGCAUUACUUAGAGAGGUUUUGGAUGCAGACUAUGAUCCUUUAACGUAUGUGGAGAAAUGUCUGCGCGGCGAAAUCAAAGCCGACCGAGCACACUGGAACACUAGCGACCUGACGGCGAGACUGUCCUGGAUCAACUGGGAGAACCUGGGAGUGAACCCUCAGCGACGGAGCGUCCUCACAUCUCUGGCACUCAGCUCCGACAACCUGCAGUACUCGCACAACUAGGAACAUUCCAGAAUCGAAACCACCAUUAGGCCUAUUAGAGACUAUCAGACCUCACUUGUCCACCAAUGCUGACAACCACAAAACUGUAGGCUUGUGAGGCCCGGACUGCACCAAUGUUGAGCUGUAGUGAACUAUGUGUUAACUUUAAGUAUCAAAUAUUUAUAAUUUAAUUAAUGACGUAGGUAUGAUGUGAUGUGAAUCCAGCACAGGCCUAAACCAUCAUCACAGGCCUUUACAUCUUUAUCAGAUGAUUCAAACAGCGUUUCUGUGGCAGCUUUUAAAAUGGCUGUAAAGUCCGAUGCGAAAGCGACAGUAGCGGCCGCACGACUGGCAUUGUAGUUGAGGGUUAUUAGACGGCACAGGUGGUAAAUCAGCCCUUUCAUUUCUGUGUCGCCUCUUUCAACUCUUUGUUUGUUGAAGAAAAACAUCGUGGGGAAACCCACAUUGUCGAGAAAUGCAUUUUCGGAGGUAUGUAACCUAACCUGUAUCUAUAGGGCUGGAUUUCCCUUCGCGGGUUGGAAGGUCAGACAGGCAGUCGCUUCUGUAAAAAGCCGGACCUGUCAAACCUUCAGUUUAGGUAAGAGGAUCUUGUGAAAAACGGGAUAAUGCUAGGGAGAUAAUGAUGAUGAGUUAUUGACAUGUGCUGCGUACGACACGUGUAUACAUAGCUCUGGGGGUUUAAAAAGGCCAUAUCGAAGCAAUUUAUCUAACAACGCCAUCUAUCGUGAUUUUGGGCGACGCAGAUUGGAAAGUCCCUCAUUGAACGACGAAAGACUAUUGCAAUCAUGUUGGGUAAUAUGUUCUAAUUUGAAGAAAAUUAAUAAUACACGUGGCUUGUUUGAGUGAGCUCUUUGUUAACAAAUAAAGUAGGUACAUAGAUUAUAUUAGUGUCCUAUAAUGUACUCAAUUACUAGAAAGGUUUUCACUCUGUAUCAUUAGAAGAGAACCACAUAUUCACAAUAUUUUUCUAUCAAACUGAGUAAGGGUGAGUAACAGUGGCUACCUACUAUUUAUCUUAUGAUUAGUGAUGGGAUCAAAAAUAAGCAAUCGAAUUAUUCGAAUGACCUACAAUCAAAUGGAAUCAUUCGUCAACAAAAGGCCAUUUGUCAUUGGAAUGAAAAUUUAUCAUUCAGAUGAUAAUUCGAUUCAGCUCAUUUUUUGGUCACAAUAAAAGUGUUAAGGUUAAUAAAGUGUAUUAAGCGCAAAUAAUUGUUGAAAUUAUGAAAAAUCCUUCGAAAAUCUUUUUUAUUUUCAUUCGAAUAAUUUGUAAUAGCCUACAAUCGAUGUAAAUUAUAGAAACUGCCAAUUCGAAUGAAUCAUUGAUAUUCACCCAUCACGAAUUAUGACCUACUUCUACUUAGACUAGUAAUGUAGAAAAAAGAAACGUUCAAUUUUCACUUUAGUUUGUUAAUUUGUAAGUAGUUGGAUGGUGCAAUAUUAAUGUAAGAUAGUACAACAUAAACAUAGGUAGUAUAUAUUAUAGAUUACAUACUUACUUUUAUGUGU